AUGGCAUACUUAAGCUUCAAGUCUAAUAUGGAACGUACACCACGCGAGUCAAACACUCCUUGUCCGCCUCCCCAACCAUCUCCGUCGUUGUUUUCUUCACUACCAGAUGACAUCGUUUUGAAUAUCUUGGCUCGCAUAUCUACUUCCUACUACCAAACGCUCUCUCUUGUCUCCAAGACCUUCCGUUUGCUCAUCCUCUCCAAGGAGCUCGACAUGGAACGUUCCUACCUUGGAACCCGAAAACCAUGUGUUUAUGUCUGCCUUCAAUCUCCCACCCAUCCUUUUGAUCGUAGAUGGUUCGGUCUCUGGAUAAAACCCUAUGAUCAUCAGCCCCUAACCCAUUGGACGAUCGACAUCAAGUGUACCGGACAUUGGUUGCUACCGAUGCCCUCUCCCUAUUCUCGUUGCUUACAAAUAGUCCACGAAACUGUUGGUUCAGAAACAUACGAAAUCGGUGGACAAAACAUGACACCCUCGACUGACGUAUGGGUCUAUGAUAAGCUCAUUGGCAAACAACGCAAAGCUCCUAGCAUGAUGGUGGCUCGUAAGAACGCCUUUACGUGCGUCCUUGAUGGAAAACUAUAUGUAAUGGGAGGAUGUGAAGCGGAUGAAUCUACUCAUUGGGCUGAAGUUUUCGACCCAAAGACUCAAACUUGGGAAGCAUUGCCGGAUCCUGGAGUUGAGCUCCGGUACUCUUCAGUAAAGAAUAUCCAAACGAAGCAAGGAAAAGUGUACGUGAGGAGCAAUAAGAAGAACUUUGUUUACCUUAUAAAAGAGUGUAUGUGGGAAGUUGCCGAGGAAAACUUGGGUGAGAGUACCUGUGAGAUAGAGAAUGUAUGCUACUGUUAUAGUAAUAAAAGAUACUGGUGGUAUGACGCAAAGUGUGAAGAGUGGAGAUUAGUCAAAGGUGUGAGUGGACUUUACGAGUAUUAUAAAACUGAUUCUGAAAUAGGUAAUUAUGGUGGAAAACUUGUUGUCUUUUGGGACCGUGCGGUGUCUCGUUUAACCGCAACCAAAGAAAUUUGGUGUGCUAUGAUUUCUCUUGAAAAGGGACAUGAUGGUGAAAUCUGGGGUCACAUCGAAUGGCUUGAUGCUGUGCUUAUAGCCCCUCGGUCGUAUGCACUCUCACAUUGUAUGGACUUCUUGCAAUAA